AUGGUACAGAAAAGUAGUAUGUCCAGGACGCCUUCGACCUCAACCCAGGAGAUCCAAAUGGACAUGUUUGAUCAACAUCCACACGGACAGGGAAAGUAUUCCAAACGGAAGAGCCGCUUCAAGCGCUCCGAUGGAAGCACCUCCUCUGACACCACCUCCAACAGCUUUGUCCGGCAGGGCUCUGCCGACUCCUACACCAGCCGGCCGUCGGACUCAGAUGUGUCCCUGGAAGAGGACCCAGAGGCGCUGCGGAAGGAGGCAGACCUACAGGCCCUCGCCACCCUCGAGAAAGCCAAGACCAAACCAGUAGCCUUCGCUGUGCGGACGAAUGUGGGCUACAGCUCUGGGCCCAACGAUGACGUCCCAGUGCAGGGCAUGGCCAUCUCCUUUGAAGCCAAAGACUUCCUACACAUCAAAGAGAAGUAUAAUAAUGACUGGUGGAUUGGGCGUCUGGUGAAGGAGGGCUGUGAGGUGGGGUUCAUCCCCAGUCCAGUCAAACUGGAGAACACGCGGCUACUGCAGGAGCAGAAGAUGAGACAGAACCGCCUCAGCUCCAGUAAAUCUGGUGGCAGCUCCAGCCUGGACGUUGCCACGGGAACACGCAGGCCCACCCCUCCUGGCACAGGUGGUCCAGCUAAACAGAAACAGAAGUCGAUGGAGCAUGUCCCCCCUUACGACGUGGUCCCCUCCAUGAGACCCAUCAUUCUAGUGGGGCCGUCACUGAAGGGCUACGAGGUGACUGACAUGAUGCAAAAGGCUCUCUUUGACUUUCUCAAGCACAAGUUUGAGGGCAGGAUAUCCAUCACCCGGGUGACCGCAGACAUCUCCCUUGCCAAGCGCUCGGUCCUCAACAACCCCAGUAAACACACCAUCAUCGAGCGCUCCAGCACCCGCUCCAGCCUGGCGGAGGUGCAGAGUGAGAUUGAGCGUAUCUUUGAGCUGGCCCGCACCCUGCAGCUGGUUGCGCUAGACGCAGACACCAUUAACCACCCCUCUCAGCUGGCUAAGACCUCCCUGGCUCCUAUCAUCGUCUACAUCAAAAUAGCCUCACCUAAGGUCCUCCAGAGGCUCAUUAAAUCCCGGGGGAAGUCCCAGGCCAAACACCUGAACGUGCAGAUGGUGGCAGCAGACAAGCUGGCCCAGUGCCCCCCUGAGCUGUUUGACAUCAUCCUGGAUGAGAACCAGCUGGAGGACGCCUGUGAGCAUCUGGCUGACUACCUGGAGGCCUACUGGAAGGCCACCCACCCCCCCAGCAGUAACCCCCCCAACCCCCUCCUCAACCGCACCAUGGCCACGGCCGCCCUGGCCGCCUCCCCAGAGCCCGUCUCCAACCUGCAGGGGCCGUACCUGGUGCACGGAGAACAGAAGCAGGAAGGGCCUCUGUCGGAGUGCGGUGGUAGCGGCAGUCUCCAUGACUACCAGAGUGACCAGGGAGGGAAGCAGCAACCGCAACCGCAGCAGCACCAGCAGCAGAAGCAGCAGACCUACCUGCACUCCUCACGGGGCCAGCUACGGGCAGGGAGUGGGAGGGGCCUGUCCCGGCAGGACACCUUCGACUCUGAGACUCAGGGCAGUCGGGACUCGGCCUACACUGAAGCAGGGGACUCUUGCAUGGACAUUGAGACCGACCCCUACGAGGAGUCUGAGAUGUACCGCGGGGUAGGGGGCGGGGGCAGCCGCCUCCACCUGGCCCAGCACCACGGCCGGCAGGCCUCCUGGGAAGACGAGGGGGCCGAGCCGGACCAGGAGAACCUCAACCACCCUCCCAUGCCCUCCCACACCCAGCCUGGGCAACAUGGUCGGGCCAAGCUAAGGGAGAGGUACUGCCAGGAACCCGGGGUCACCGGCGCCAACAUGGGCCGCAACAAGAAUCAGGAGGACUGGGGGAGGGACGUGUACAUCCGCUGA